AUGACUGUUGUGGGGGCAUUUGAGAAUGAAGAAAUUGUUGUUGAUGUCAACAGGGACGGCUAUGGAUUUGCUUUAAGACCUCAACACAUACAAAGAUAUAGAGAGUACGCUACUAUCUACAAGGAGGAGGAAGAAGAAAGGUCUGAUAAAUGGAGCAACUUCCUUGAACAGCAAGCAAAAUCUGAUCAAUCUAGCUCCUCCAAGGAGGAACAUAGACAGAGAUUGCAGGCUGAGGCUGAUGAGUUGAGGGAAGAGACUAUUUCAGAAAGGGGCAGGGAGGGGGAUGAUUGGAGUGACGAGAAUUCAGAUUCUGAUCGUUCAACCGAAUGUUAUCCUGAGAAUGAGGUCCAACUUUCAGAGAAACCUGAGAAGGAGGUGCAACUUUCAGAGGAACCAGAGAAGGAAGUGCAACUUUCAGAUAAACCAGAGAAGGAGGAGCAAUUUUCAGAGGAAUCCGAGAAGGAGGCGCAGCUUUCAAAAGAAUCUGACAAGGAUGAGCAGCUUUUAAAAGAAAAAAAGGCCAAAAAGGUUCAAUCAUGGUCUUGGACCAGACCAUCCCUUCAUGUUAUUGAGAAGAUGAUGAGUUCACGUGUUAAGAACAUAAAGGAUAUGAAAGACGCGCAUAAUACAUUAAACGGAGCCCAUCUUCCAUCAGUAAAAAAGACAGGAUCUUCGGGAGGUUAUUCUGGGGUGAAAGUUGAUGACGAUUUCUGCAUUAAGAAGACUUCAGAUGACAAUGUUGAUGAAUCAACGGAAGAAAGCAUUGUGGAUAGUGUGGUGUCCCCAGAACUAUUCUUUUCUUGGAAAGAGCUUGAGUUCCUUGUCCGUGGGGGAGUUCCAAAGGAUCUUAGGGGAGAGGUGUGGCAAGCCUUUGUCGGUGUGAAGACACGUCGAGUGGAGAGAUAUUAUGAGGGGCUGCUUGCUGAAGAAACUAAUACAGACGAAAGCAAGGAACACAAUAACUCCAAUGCUGCACCCAGAAAAUGGAAAAAGCAGAUUGAGAAGGACAUACCACGAACUUUCCCAGGUCAUCCUGCUUUGGAUGAGCAUGGCAGGGAUUCCUUGAGGCGUGUUCUUUUAGCAUAUGCUCGACAUAACCCCUCAGUGGGAUAUUGUCAGGCAAUGAAUUUCUUUGCUGGCUUGUUGCUCCUUCUGAUGCCGGAAGAAAAUGCAUUUUGGACUUUGGUGGGCAUUCUUGAUGACUAUUUUGAUGGCUACUAUACAGAAGAAAUGGUAGAAUCUCAGGUGGACCAACUUGUUUUUGAGGAGUUGAUACGUGAAAAAUUUCCUAAAUUGGUUAAUCAUCUGGAUUACUUGGGAGUGCAGGUGGCAUGGAUCUCUGGACCCUGGUUCCUCUCCAUUUUCAUCAAUAUGCUUCCCUGGGAAAGUGUUCUCCGAGUUUGGGAUGUUCUUCUUUUUGAAGGAAAUCGUGUAAUGCUGUUUCGAACAGCUCUUGCUUUAAUGGAGUUAUAUGGUCCUGCAUUAGUUACAACUAAAGAUGCUGGGGAUGCAAUUACUUUAUUACAAUCCCUUGCAGGGUCAACAUUUGAUAGCAGCCAGCUUGUUUUGACUGCUUGCAUGGGUUAUUUGGCAGUAACUGAAGCUAGAUUACUACAGUUGAGAGAAAAGCAUAGACCAGCUGUGCUUGUAGUGGUUGAGGAAAGAUCAAAAGGGGCAAGAUUUUGGAAGGAUUCGAAAGGCCUUGCAUCUAAGUUGUACAGUUUUAACCAUGAUCCUGGAUCACUGGUAGAAGAAAAACAAGUAAGCGAGGGAGACAAGUCAUUAUUGGAGUCUCACUCCUCUAGUCUGGAUGAUUUGCUUAGUGGCUUAAAUGUUGACUCAGAAGUAGAUUCUUUGCCAGAUCUUCAAGAACAGGUGGUUUGGCUCAAGGUUGAGUUGUGCAGGUUGCUGGAGGAGAAAAGAUCUGCCAUACUCAGGGCUGAGGAGCUUGAGACAGCACUGAUGGAGAUGGUCCAACAAGAUAAUCGACGGCAAUUGAGUGCAAAGGUUGAGCUGUUGGAGCAAGAGGUAGCUGAUCUAAGGCAAAUCCUUUCCGAUAAGAAAGAACAAGAAGCCGCAAUGCUUAAGGUCCUGAUGCGGGUGGAGCAAGAACAGAGGAUAACUGAAGAAGCUCGAAUAGGUGCUGAGCAAGAUGCAGCUGCGCAAAGAUAUGCAGUAAAUGUGCUUCAGGAAAAAUAUGAGAAGGCUAUGAAUUCACUUGCUCAGAUGGAACAGAGAGUGGUCAUGGCUGAAUCAACGCUGGAGGCUACAAUACAGUACCAGUCUGGCCAAGCCAGGGUCAGUGAGCUCCUCUGUGGAAAGUCCCAGAAGAAGGACAGGCCUAUUUGGCCUAGGCUGGCUCGACAGGAACAAGGUAAUGGACCUACAGACGCCACGUGGGAUGCCACAUGUGAUGGUCCUUGGGCGCGAAAAAGUAUCCAUAUUUUGCGUAAGGAUGCUGUACAAUUGUACAAGAAUGAUACAAAACUUGAUAGGAAGGCAAGAAUGAGAUAUGAGCUGACGAUGGAACUCCAGAGCCUUGUAAUCCACAUAGAUUCAAAAGGAAACUACUUAAUCACAAUGCAAUCCAUUUGGCAUCCAUCAAUUUCUUUCAAGACUUUCCUAGGAAGCAAGUCGGGAAAGGAGUUCGCUUGGAACUGUAAAUCUCAGUUACUUGCACACAGGGAUAAAGCAACGUAA